GCCGGGAGCGGGGCCGGGGGCGGGCAGUGCCAGCAGCGCCCGCCCCGGGGCCGCAGCUGUCCGCUGGCGGGAGGCGGCUGCAGCUGGGAAACAGCAGCUCCGGUUUCUGAUCGGAUUUGGGGGUGGGGUGGGAGGUGUGUGUGAGAAAAGCCGAGCGAUGGAGCUUCCCUUCUUUUGACAACACUCUCCCCUUCAGGACUAAGUCUGCACUGGAAGUAAAAGAACUACGUGGGAGAACCGCCGAUCGCACCUCCGCGUGGGAAGCGGCUGAGGAGCAGCGUGUGCCGCCAGCCCGCGGAUAUCGCUGCCUGCACGCCGGAGCGAGCCCUCCCGGAACGGCUCCGCCGCCGCUGCGCUUCCCCGUUGCCUGCCGUUAACUAGCGUUGCCAUUUGGGUUUCAUGGAGCUGGGCUUAUUGUUCCUCUUUGGACUUACAAUUACGUCGACUGCAGGGUCCUCGCUGCCCCGGCCCCGCUCCCUGCCGGCGGGCGGAGAUCCGCGCUCGGCGGCGCUGGGACAGAAGCAGCGGGAGGAAAGCGGAGCGGCGGCGGUGCCGGCCGGCGGCAGGGCCAAGGCGGACAGCGGGGUGCUGCGGCGCCGAGCCCGGCGCUGCACUUGCUACACCUACAAAGACAAGGAGUGCGUCUACUACUGCCACCUCGACAUCAUCUGGAUCAACACCCCCGAGAGGACUGUGCCAUAUGGGCUGUCUAACUACAGAGGCAGCUUCAGAGGCAAAAGAUCUGCAGGCCAGAAUCAAAGUGCUUCCCAGUCAUCAUUCCGGUGUUCUUGUUUGGAUAUUCAUGACAAACAGUGUAUGCAGUUUUGCAGAAGAAUGCAAGACAGAAGAAGAAAUCACGGAUCAGUGAAAACAGAGGAGAAAGAGCAGUGCAGGGAAGAGGAGCAUGCCUUCGUUCAGUAGCAGAGCUUGGAGGAUUCUGAACAGUCAGCUUUAAUGUUCGCUUGCUGAAGCUCAGAAGCAAGAACUUCAGCUACAACUCUCCCUUGAGAUGGACAAAAUUGAUGCUUCAGUCUGAUGCCAGUGGAGACUUCAGCAGAACGCAACGCGUUCAUUUCAUCAGUGCCAUUCGGAGGGCACGUGAACCUGUAUGAAGAAGCUUUCUCCAUGCUCCCCCUCCUGAGAAUCUCAGUAAAGGAUAAUCUUUAUCACCUAACCUGGCAGGGAAUGUGUCAUCAUUGAAGAAAAACUCAAAGGCGGAUUUUAAAAGUACAGCAGAAACAUGCUGUUUCACUUACUGCUUGCUGUAUGUCUGAAGAACCCAUCCAGUAUUAUGUGGGCAAUGGUAAUUGGACAAGGUGACAAGUUAGAGGUUGCCUAUAUGUGAGUGCUCAAUAAGAAUAAACAGAUGCAAAAUGUUUCUCUUGUUAAUGUAUGCAAGCCUGAAUCAUCAUAUUGUAACUCUGUGGCAGACGUUUAAAUAACAGUAUCUAUGCAGAAUAAGUAUGAACAUCUAAUAUAAACAUUACUAUAAACUAUAGCAAGUUAAGAGUAUACACUGAGUAUUCAAUAGAUUACCGAAUUUACGCAUAGUGCAGGAAUAAUUUGUGAAGUUCCAUUCAAAGACAUUUGCAGUGAUUAUUUAGGGAUGCGCUGUAACUUAUGAGCAGAAUUCCAAUAAUUAAUCCCAAAGAAUUUCCUAGAAAUGAAAGGGCAGGACUGUGGCACUUCAAAUGAAACUUCACACAGAAGAACUUACUGUACUGGACCAUAUGCUGUUCAAAGCCCCUACAUACAUUAUCACCCACAGUACAGACAUUCAUCUUUGAUAGUACUUUAAGUCACAUUUUUAUCACUUCGCUGAAACAUCAUCACUGAACAACUUGGAAACUUGGCGAUAAGAUGGUAUCCACCCCUGGACAUUUUUCAAUGUAAAUGAUUUCUUCAGAAAUUAUGGAAUUUUUUUCUAUUUUUUUUAUUUUUAUAGGAGGAUGCAAGAGUAAGCUAAAAAAAAAGCCUUCUGCAGAUCUUGUUCAGUAAUAUAAUUUAAAAAGAGAGAGAAAAUCCCUUACUUGUGACAUUAUAGAGCUUUUUUUGGUUUGACUGAACUUCAUGCAGACUUUCCCCAAGGUGCAUUAAACUGUUACCAGAUGACUUAAAUUAUAUUUUAUUAGAAGAUAAAUGGAAACUAAAACAAACUGCAAAAUAGAAAGAACUUAAUGGUAAAAAUGGUUAUAUGAGUUAAAACAGUGGUAAUAGGCUUUUUUUGAAAAAAAGGGAGGUCUUUGCCAAAAUAUAUGAUAUAUUUUAUAUAUAUGUGGAUAUAUUUCAUAAAUAAAUUAUUAUAGUUAUAAAAGUAAAUAUCUGUCAGUUAUUGCAUUUAUAUCAGCGUCUCAUUUGCUGUACAAAUUAUUUUGUACAUAAUAGGUUAUUUAUCGUAUGGAAGCACUUCACAUAAUUUUCCCACUUUUUUUUUUAAAUUAUCAGGCUUUGUUAUGAAGAAUGCUUAAUGCUCAUUUGUAACAUUUAUCAUCACUAACUGGAUUUCUUUUUCUCCGUACGCACUGAGGUCAUCCCAAGAUUUGCCUCCUUCAAGAGGCUGAUAGUUCUCCUAGAGCGUGAGAAGCGAGCAUGGAAACCUAACAAAAAUCAUGCAAUCGUAAUUAUGCAUACAGAGUUAAAUUUUACAGUACAUGUAACCCCUAGCUGAAUUCACACGUUUUCACACUUCUAAACUUCCAGAGGAAAAAAAUAUUUUUUUCCUCCCCCCCCUUGGAUAUUGUGCUCCCCUUCUUCCCCCCUCCCCUGAAAGAAUAAUUCAAUGUCUUACUAUGAAAGUUGCUUUCAGAUAGUUCUUAGGGCUCUGAACAGUAGCUGAAGACAUUGUGCCAAUGUAUCUCUAUUAGUUCACAUAAAAAUCAAUCUAUCCUGAAUACAGCAAGAACACCACCAUGAGAAAUAACUCAGAACAGGAAGAGACAAGAUUCAAAGCUUGCUGCUGAUCCACCCAAACGUUCUAUUAAACGCAGCAGAUACCAAACACUGCACGUUCUGGACGACCAUUAGUUUGUAUGAAAAUAGUUAAUGGUCACAAGAUGAUUACCUUAUUUUCCAGGUGUUUGUGGAAAAAUGGACUGCUUACAUCCCCCAGGUCUCAGGGAACUCAGUCUGCCUAUUUUUAAUGGUACACAUGUUACGCUAAUUUGGAAUCCAGUUCUUUAAAAGUUACACACAAAAUUAACUGAAUAUAAAACUGAUGAAUGUUUUAAGUGAGAGAACUCCUACAACGUGAGGAAUCAUGAAAUGAUUAUUUGCAGAAGUUAGAAAUAAAUACCUUUUCACGUAUAACAUUAGCAUUGUUAGGUGUACCGUAGAACUAUUCUGGGAGAUUGUUUUGAGGACACCACAUUCCACGUGCAACCAUUUACAUUUAACUCUGUUCUAAUUCUGUCAGUGUCGUAGUUCUCAUUCUAGUCCUCAUUAAUAAAAGUGCAAUUUUCAGUUGGUAAUAGCAAUAAGAAAAAAGUGAUCCGAAGUCUGGAAAACAACGUAGGAGGAAGGCUUGGAAGAAUUUCCUUUUUUUCCCCCACUAAGGUUUUCUUAGAAAAGAGAAGGAAGAAGGGUGUGUGCAAAAACAGAACACACAAAGGUCUGCAGCAGAGAGGAAAGCACAAGGGGGGCUUACAGUACAGUACAGCCCAUUCAAGUAAAACCUAUCAGUAAGAAUGGUUAAGGGCCACAGGGACAACAGACUCCAUCAUCACCUCCACUUCUUGCUCCUUGUCUGCGCCCUGUGAAAGGCAGACUUUGGUGUCCAGGACAGAGGGGUCAAAGCUGUGAGCGUGCUGCUUUCCUGCAGAGUUAGGGAACUAUUCCCUGAGCAGAGUUCACGUUUCCUGCACAUCAGAGCGAGUGGUUUCUUGCUUGCUGUACUAGCUUUUGAGGAUACUGUUCUUCCACUUCUAAUCUUCCCAGAGAAGAUACGACGACUGUAAAAUCUGAGAGCUGAGCUCCUCAGUAGAUCCUUCUCCUGUUACACCAACACAGGGAUGAGAAGGCACGGAGGAAAGGAAACAGAGUUUCUGUUGACUUUACGAGGAAAGAUACUUAAUCCUUUAUUUAUAAAUCUAGACAAAAUAUGUCACUGAUUUAUUGAUUUCCUUUACCAAGGGUUGUCUGUAAUCCACUGAAGCUUAUCAGAUACAUGGAUGGGAGAAGAUGGUACAUUUUUAAGGCUAUUUUGUCAUGCAUGCAAAGAUAAUUUUCUCUUGGCUAGAUUGCAACAAAUCAUUCCUCCUCUGUUUUAUGAAUGUGCUGAAAGGAAUUUAUUGUGUCCUCCAACUUAUCAUUAAAAUACAACAAAACUGAAUUGGUUUCCCUCUGUAAUAAAAACCAAAACUGUUGACGUGA